CCCCUCCAGCUUUCUUUCAAGAUGUCUACAGUCCAUGAAAUUCUAAGCAAGCUCAGCCUUGAAGGAGAUCAUUCUCUCCCUCCAACCACGUAUGCCACAGUUAAGGCCUACUCAAACUUCGAUGCUGACCGAGAUGCUGCUGCCUUGGAAACAGCCAUCAAGACCAAAGGUGUGGAUGAGGUCACCAUCAUCAACAUCCUAACAAACCGCAGCAGUGAACAGAGGCAGGAUAUCGCUUUUGCCUACCAGAGAAGAACCAAAAAGGAACUUUCAGCAGCACUCAAAUCUGCUCUGUCAGGUCAUUUGGAGGCAGUGAUCUUGGGCCUGCUGAAGACACCAUCACAGUAUGAUGCCUCUGAAUUGAAAGCUGCAAUGAAGGGUCUGGGAACUGAUGAAGACACACUCAUUGAAAUCAUCUGCUCACGGACAAAUCAGGAGCUUUAUGAAAUCAACAGAGUCUACAGGGAAAUGUAUAAGACAGAACUGGAAAAGGACAUUAUAUCAGACACAUCUGGUGACUUCCGCAAGCUAAUGGUUGCCUUGGCCAAGGGAAAAAGGUGUGAAGAUACUUCUGUGAUUGAUUAUGAGCUGAUUGACCAAGAUGCUAGGGAACUGUAUGAUGCUGGUGUGAAGAGAAAGGGAACUGACGUGCCCAAGUGGAUCAACAUUAUGACUGAAAGAAGUGUUCCCCACCUCCAAAAAGACUCCAGGAUUCUAUGUUCUGUUAAUCCAAGCGUGAGCAGGAUGUUUAACUAUUCAUAUUUCUCUGUCUCUUUAGUCCAGUGCAUUCAGAACAAGCAGCUGUAUUUUGCAGACAGGCUGUAUGACUCUAUGAAGGGCAAGGGAACCCGGGACAAGGUUCUGAUCAGGAUUAUGGUCUCUCGCUGUGAGAUAGACAUGCUGAAAAUUAAGAGUGAAUUCAAGAGGAAAUAUGGAAAAUCCCUCUAUUAUUUCAUCCAGCAAGACACAAAAGGUGAU